CGGUCUUCUGAUUGGUUAUCGUAAUUAUCUUCACACGCGCGCUGACAGCCAGAGCAUCCCAUCUUGUCACGCGCGUGUGAACCACCAUCUCCCGCCAAACGCCUUCUGCCACAAUCUGCUUCAGUUAUGUACAUGAAAACAUGGAGCUAUCAAAGAGCGAAGACACUUCAGAUGAUUCAAAGAGGUCAAGUAAGGCACAUGACCGAAGUAAAUGGCCUGAAGAGCACAAAUCUCAUAACACCCCGAAUAAUGGAUUUGUGAAUAUACAGAGCACUGAUAAAAGCCCAUCCUCACUGCCUGUGCCAGACACUCUGGACAUACUCUCUCAAGAGAUUAGUGACACACUCUCAGAAGGUCACGGACGACUCUGCGGCUCUGUUAAAAGAAGCAGAACCCAUGACUGUGUGAGAGGAAUGAGACUGCAGCAAACUGAGAGCCCUAGAUACAAAGAUGCGACUAACCGCCGCCAUCACCAUAAGCUAGUGACCAGUGUCAGCUUUUCAGGAUUCGAGGCACCUCUAAGGUUGCUUCGUGAGAAUCGGGAUACAUCUGGCAGCAGUCACGAAAUCAUUGAUUAUCGUAACCUAACACCUCAAGUGCCCUUUGUGCCCUGCAUAGCCAAAUCCAUUCCUAAAAAGAGGAUCUCCCUGAGGAAGCCUAGAAAGGCCAUUAAGGAUUUGUUCGUUCACAAAAGACACAAACAUGAGAAGGCUACUUCACCGAGUACACCGUGCCAUGUUGCAGGUGAAAAUGUUCCAACAUUGAAACGUACGAGGAAGACGGCAAGGCACAGAGAACAUACUCUUGCAAGAAGCAGGUACAAUGAUAAUUUCAGUGAGACUCCCUCCGAUUCUUCCAGUGAAUGUUGUGCUAAUGUCUGUGAGGAUUCUGCCUCAUUAAAAAGCUUUGGAUCUCAGGCUGGUUGUGGUGAGAUAUUUGCUGAUGAUCUUGUAUCUCUGGAGGGCAUCUUUAGCCCUGAGCGUGACAAAGAUUCCUGUGAAGCUCCAAGGCGAAGCCCUACUACUGCAGGUUUCCAGGGAGGAAAAGAGUGUCUGGCCUCUCCAGCUCAUGCUGAGGUCCUGGACAUGUUUGGGUUGUGGGAAACCCUAAACAGAACUUUGCAUUUAGGGCACAGCUCAAAAGCUACGGAACAUGCAACAAAAUCCACAACACCUAUCAUGAAAUCUCCUUCCACAUCCACGUCUGAAGAUGUAAUGGUAAAUACACCCCAAUCUGUAGAAUCCGAGAUCAGGGAACUUAAUACUAAUGUGGUAACUCCUAAAAGUGACAACCAAGGGAACACCAGUGAUGAGGGCUACUGUGAUUAUGUCUCUCCUGGUUUUGAGGACCACAGCAGAAGUUCCCUCACUCCAGUGCAUUCCAACAAGAUCCCUAGGGACACGUACAGUGGAGAUGCUCUUUAUGAGCUAUUCUGUGACCCCAGCGAGACAGAAAUAACCCCGAUCUUUGAUGAUGAAAUCAACCUAACAGACAGCAUUGUUGGCCAGUGCAGUGAUUAUCCAUUAUCCAUGUACAGCUUCCAUGUUGGAGCAGAGGAAAAUCUUGCCCCACCUUUGGCUCAGGACUUUGUUGGUCAGGAGCUCCUGGAAAGUAAAUGGACGGGGAAGGAUUGCUUACUAAAGCUUUGCGACACUGAGAUAUCUCUGGCUAUGGGUAUAGUUAACUGGCUGAAGCAUAGGACAGACAAAAGCAACCCAACAGAACUAAGAUCUUCACAAAGUAGUGCUGAAGGAGAUUUAUGUCUGAGAUGCAAAACCCAGUCAGCAAGGGUUAGAAAACCACCAAGAGGAGCAAGAACUGUUAAUGGUAGAGGAGAUACAAUUAAUUUUAAAGAGCCAAGUAAGCAAAGUGUUGGUGUUCUGCCCUUAAAAUAUGAUGCAAACACAGUGAUGUCAACCUUGGCCUCUCCAGAGAAUCAACCCAAGACCCCAACGAGUGGUGUGUGUUUCAGAAUAUUCAAUGUCGACUCUCCAAUGACUCCAGGUGGAGAUUUGCAGUCUCCAGUAGUAAGCUCCCCUGGCUCUGGGACAAGGUCUUUGUUUGUGUUGGCCAUAAACAAGGAAUCUCUUUGUGAAUCUUGCAAGAGUUCCCUGAAAAACGGAGCUAAAGAUCUGCACCUGUGCCGUUCUUGUAUGUCCCUCAUUGAGCAUAUCAAAACGUCAGACCUUUGGGCCCGUGCCAGUCUUCCCAGGUUCACUUUAACCCCGCAGCCAAUAACCAGAGAUCUACUAUCCCCAGCCAGCACCUGCAGGAUAGGAAGUGACAUCAGCAUAGCUUCCCUUGUUGAGCAGUGUGCUAGUCAGUUGUCUUCUAUGAAGAUCAACUUUACUCAAAAUCACUCAAGCUGUGAGGUAGGAGAUGUCCCUGUAUCUGAGCAAGGGGUAAAAAGGAACAAAGGACAAUCUCAAAAAUACCUUAAGUCAAAACACAAGAAAAGGCCAGUGGCAACUACCGAGAGAGCCUUGCAUGCUAGACAUCGCUUGAGGCCGUCUAGCUUUUCUGAAGAUGUGAAACCUUCCCUUUUGGAGACUGAGGGACUUGGCUUUGUCACUACUAAUGCUUCCAAUGAUUUGGUGUUGGAAACGUACGGGUCAUGUGCUUUUGAAUCUGGUGACACAGACGUAUACCAAGCAACCAGGCCUACAUCUCUUCCUCUCAUGGCCUCUGCCUCUUCUGAGUUUCCUUGCGGAGAGGACCACCACAUCGACCAUUUAAAUGAGAUGGCAGAGGGAACUCCAGCCAAAAAGAAGCAUAGGUUGCGUCAUCGCAAGAACGCUGCUGUGAAUAUUGAGGGAUCAUGCAGUGUCUUUCCAGAGGACAGGAAAGUAGAACGAAGAUGCAGAAUGAAGAAGUAAAGGCCAUAUUAAACAGGUGAGAUUCAGAUUUUGUGGAUCCUGACGGUCUCAAACUGGUUUCUUCUGUCCAGUACCUCAGCCCUCCGAGAAGCUGACCUCUCUACCAGCUGUCAAAGUCUCUAUCUUUCCUCAAGAAAUCUGACAUGUUUGCUCAUUUUACUGUCAACUCAGCAACACUGUCAGCCUGGAACAACAACAGGUCUGUUGAUCUGUUUGUUGGAGAAGUAACAUUUGUCUGAAACCUGUCGUAUCAGUGUUUUUCUCUCUCCAUAGUUUUUCUGCAAUCACUGCUAUU